AUGACGGGCACAGACGACACAGAGAAAGAUCCUAUUCCUCCCCCACCCCCGCCUCCGCCUGAGCAUCAUGACGACGAUGACGACGACGACGAUAGCGAUGAGAACGAUGAUGAUGAUGAGGACGGACGAAGAUACGAUGACGAGGACGAUGAUCCAUUCGGAGGGUUCGGCGGUCCUGGCGGCCCCGGAGGUCUCUCGAGCACUUUGCGAGCGCUUACAGGCAUGAUGUCGGGUAUUUCAUCACGCUUACGAGAGCUUCUCAAUAACCUGCGUCAGAAAAAUGACCCUUCGAUUCAGUUGAUUGCUCUGCAGGAGCUUUCGGAGAUCCUCUUGGUCUCAAACGAGGAUAAUCUCUCGGGGCAUUUCUCACCCGAUUCUUUCGUCAAGGAAUUGGUAACGUUGAUGCAACCAAACGAGAUCACGGGAGAGGAGAACCCGGAAAUUAUGCUUCUUGCCUGCCGUUGCCUGGCAAACUUGAUGGAGGCCCUGCCCGCAAGCGUGGCCAACGUUGUAUAUGGAGGAGCUGUCCCGGUUUUGUGUCAAAAGCUGCUGGAGAUCUCAUUCAUCGACCUCGCUGAGCAAGCUUUGAGCACCCUCGAGAAGAUCUCUGCCGAGUACCCCUCCAGCAUUGUUCGAGAAGGUGGCCUCACUGCCUGCCUGUCCUACUUGGACUUUUUCGCAACAAGCACCCAAAGAACGGCCGUCACCACUGCCGCCAACUGCUGCCGCAACAUCCCUGAAGAUUCUUUCCCAGUCAUUCGAGAUGUUAUGCCUACCCUGCUCAAUGUGCUGGGGAGCAGCGAUCAGCGAGUUGUGGAACAAGCCUCCAUUUGUGUCUCUGGGAUUGUUGAAAGCUUCAAAUACCAGUCUGCAAAACUGGAAGAGCUUGUCAGUGUCGACUUGCUCAAGGCGGUUUUGAGAUUGCUUGUACCUGGCACCACCAACCUCAUUAGGUCGGAUAUUCACACCCAGUUCCUGCGUGUCUUGGCUUUCACAGCUCGCGCUAGCCCUCAGCUGUCGGCGGAAUUGUUCAAGCUCAACAUUGUAGAGACUCUCUACCAGAUUCUGACUGGCGUGUCUCCACCAAGCGGGACAGAGGAUGUUGCCUCGAAGCUCGACAGCGUUGUUAUCAUGCAGGCGUUGAUUCACCGGCCCAAGGAGCAGAUCAUCGAGACGCUCAACGUCAUUUGCGAGUUGCUUCCAAGCCUGCCCCGCAAUGCUGACCCUUCAUACGGCGACUUCGUCGAGAUGAAUUCGACAGAACCUAUUACUCCAUCGUCCACUGCACCUGGAAAGGCGCGCAAGUCACCCAACGAUAAGAGAAUUGAGCUUCUUGACGGCUGCAAAGCCGAGGUCCGCCGUUUCGCUCUCAUUCUCUUCCCAACCUUAACCGAUGCAUUUUCAAGUACAGUCAAUCUCAAUGUGCGGCAAAAGGUACUUACUGCGCAACUGAAGAUGCUUUCGAACCUGAACGAAGAGAUUCUCGGAGAAGCAUUGAAGACUGUUUCAUACGCUUCGUUCUUGGCCUCAAUUCUGUCUCAGCAGGACCACCCCUCACUCGUCAUGCUCGCACUCCAGGCUACGGAACUUCUCCUCAGUCGUCUGGAGGAUGUUUACCGGUACCAACUGUAUCGUGAAGGUGUUAUCUCGGAGAUCACGAAACUCGCCACCGAGGAGCAGACUCCUCCACCGGCAACAGAGCCGACUGGGUCGCAGGAGACCAGCAACACCGACCCGCAGGCUUCUGCGGACUCUGGAGAGCCGUCGUCGGACAACGAGGAGUCAGAAGAUGAUGAGGACCACGAGGAAUCAGAGGAUGAGGAGAACGAAGAAGAGAACGAGCACGAGCAUCAUCCGGACGACAUCACGGGUUCACCAGUCAGCUCACGCGGCUCAACCAUGUCGCUGGACGGACCUCCACAGCACUUAUUGUCUGACGUUCCUUCGAUGCUGAGUAGGAUUCGCGAGGUGGCUAAGAAGUUUUUGGAAAGCCAUGAGACCGAAAAGCAUGGUAAGACCAUGAAGAAGAAGGCCCUUAAGAUUCUGUCCAACCUGUCGGAUCUUGCCGAAGAGAUCGAGGCCUUCUACCUUCGCAGAACGGCGACCAAUCUUGCCCCCGAAAAUGGGGUGGAGCUCUUCAAGAAGCUGGCUUCAUCAUUCGACGCGGACGUCCUAGAAAGUGUGACAAGUGCAGAGCUUCUAGCUUCUGGGCUUGUAAGAGUACUCUUGGAGGUCUUCAGCAACCCUGACGAGGAACUAGCCCGGACGGCACAGUCGGCUUUCUUGCAGGUGUUCAUGGGUUACUCCGUCAAGUCUAGGCCUAAGACCGCAACUGCCGAUUCGCCCGCGACUCCGUUCAGCGUCAUGGUUCACAAACUUCAAGAUCUUCUCAGUAGAUCCGAGCAUUUCGAAGUUAUCACAGUCCACCAAAAUACCUUCGACGGCAACCGCAGUAGUGCUGCGUCCAUGCUUGCGAAACAAAUCCGGCUGAGACUCGUUGCCGAUGACGACUCUGACAUCCCGCGGUCUUAUCGGAACAUUAUGGUCUCAAUCCAUGCUAUUGCUACAUUCAAAUCACUGGAUGAUUACUUGCGUCCCAGAAUCAGCCUGUCGGAACGACCACGCGGCUCUCGGCGAGCCGAUAACUUGUCCAGAGCUCUUGCUUCGCUCGCAGGCUCCGCCGGCUUGCCUUUAAGCCACGCUGCUGCUAGACUGGCAGAACGUGCUUCAGCUGCCUCUGCAUCAAGCCCUAUCCCGCCUCCGCCCAACGCAGCUACGUCUAGUGGUUCGCGCUCUCUUCGCAAGACCAAGACCAAGUCAACACCGCCAUCUGAAGCUGCAGCUAGUCCCGACACCUCUUCCACUACAAGAGAUAAGGGUGUUUUGAGAAGGUCUGCCCGCCGUAGUGCGGCGUCCACUACUGAAAGUCCCGCACCUUCACGGCCGCCUCCGGAAGAGGACGACUUGGAGAAUGCACUAGAAUGCGCAGAUGAGAAGCACUUGUCCGAUGACGAAGAGAUUGGUGGCAGCAGCGCUCUGGAUGCUAUUGUGGGUGACCUGGAUGAAGACAUGAGCGAGUCCCCCGGUCCUGAGCCCGGUGCCGUCAACAUGGAAAUCGCAGCUGGUGGUAGGGUCACUGCACGCAAAGAGGAUGGUACUAGAGUCCCCACGCCAUCACAGAGUGCUCUCCCUACCCGGUCCGGCGCUCUCCCUCCUCCGCAGUCGCAGAGUACACCCACGCCCUCGACUUCGUCGUCACGGCCCAUGACUUACGCUGCAGCUAUCCAAACUGUCCCCCAGGACUGGCAUAUCGAGUUCACUCUUGAUGGCAAGGUCAUUUCUAGCGAGACUACCAUCUACCGUGCCGUUCAUACUUCAGCCGCCAACUCCGAUGAGCAUUUCAGCCGGAGUGUCUGGUCAGCGGUCCAUCCCAUCAAGUUCCGCCGUGCUCCUGGUCCGCCACCUGUGGAAACCCUGUCCUUCAGCUCCAACGCCGAGGCUAGUACGGAAGAUAAUGGUGACGGAAACGUGCCGGCAUCCCUGGCCAAGCAUCCUUCUACCGCCUCCAUUCUUCGUCUACUCAAUAUCCUUCAUGACUUGAACGCCAAUAUCGAUGAUGUUAUGGUAGAGAACAGCGAGAAGGACGCCGUCCGACUCAACGUGGAGCCCUUGUCACAGUUUGUCAACACCAAACUCACUGCCAAGCUGAACAGACAACUGGAGGAACCGCUUAUCGUGGCGAGCAACUGCUUGCCAAGCUGGGUAGAAGAUCUUGCAAGACUAUAUCCUUUCCUCUUUCCCUUCGAGACGAGGCACCUGUUCUUGCAGUCGACCUCAUUCGGUUAUGCCCGUUCCAUGACCCGUUGGCAGAAUGCCCAAGCUGCGGACGACUCUCGUCGUGACCGUCGUGACGACAGACCUUUCCUCGGGCGACUGCAGCGCCAGAAGGUACGCAUCUCUAGAUCCAAGAUUUUGGAGUCAGCUUUGAAGGUCAUGGAGCUCUACGGCGCUUCUCAAAGCAUUCUCGAGGUUGAAUACUUUGAGGAGGUAGGAACAGGCUUGGGACCUACCCUUGAAUUCUACUCGACGGUGUCGAAGGAGUUCUCUAAGAAGAAACUCAAGUUGUGGAGAGAGAUGGACUCGAACGAUUCUGAAGAGUAUAUAUCUGGUGCGAGUGGCCUCUUCCCUCGGCCGCUCAGUGACGAUGAAGCCAGCGCUCCAAAUGGUGAACGGAUUCUCCAGCUCUUCAGGACUCUUGGAAAGUUUGUUGCUCGGUCAAUGAUCGAUUCCCGUAUCAUUGAUCUGAACUUCAACCCUACCUUCUUCCGCAUCGGAGAUGGUUCGUCGGCACCCGGCGUCAAGCCAUCUCUUGGGGCGGUCAAGGUCGUCGACCCUGGCCUGGCUCGGUCUUUAAAGACCAUCAAGAAGUUCGCCGUGGCUAAGAAGGAAAUCGAUGAGGACCCUUCACGCACCCCUGCGCAAAAGGUGGCCGACACCGAGGACAUUGCCAUUGACGGAAUGAAGCUAGAUGACCUGUGCCUCGAUUUUACCCUACCCGGCUAUCCCGAGAUCGAGCUUAUACCUAACGGCGGCCAGAUCCGAGUCACCAUUGACAAUGUGGACUCGUACCUGGAACGGGUCGUUGAUAUGACUCUGGGCACCGGUGUCCGCCGCCAGGUCGAUGCAUUCCGAACGGGCUUUUCCCAGGUCUUCCCCUACUCGGCUCUGAGCGCUUUCACUCCUGACGAACUCGUCACGCUGUUUGGAAGAGUUGAAGAGGACUGGUCGCUUGAGACACUUAUGGACUCGAUCAAGGCAGACCAUGGUUACAACAUGGACAGCAAGAGCGUCAAGAAUCUACUACAGACUAUGAGCGAGCUCUCUCCUCCUGAACGCCGUGACUUCUUGCAGUUCACCACGGGAAGCCCCAAGCUCCCGAUAGGAGGCUUUAAGAGCUUGACGCCCAUGUUCACUGUUGUGUGCAAGCCGAGCGAGCACCCAUACAUGUCUGACGACUAUCUCCCCAGCGUCAUGACCUGCGUGAACUAUCUCAAACUACCCGACUAUACCAGCAUCGAAGUUAUGCGUAAACAGCUCUCCACUGCGAUCAAAGAAGGCCAGGGGGCGUUCCAUCUGUCUUAG